AUGGAUUUCAGCAACCACACUCUAGUUACUGAGUUUGUUUUUCUGGGUUUCUCCAACAUCACACAUGGCCAGGUCUAUCUCAUCCUGCUGUUCCUCAUCAUCUAUUUGGUCACCAUUCUGGGUAACUUCAUGAUCAUCACUCUCAUCCUGGUGGACUCCCACCUUCACAGUCCCAUGUAUUUUUUCCUCAGCCACUUAUCCUGCUUGGAUGUCUGCUACUCAACGGUCACCGUCCCCAAGAUCCUAGCAAAUCUCCUUCGCCAAAGACACACCAUAUCCUACAACCUUUGCUUUGCUCAGAUGUUCUUCUUGAGCUUCUCGGGCUCAGAAUGCUGGUUGCUGGCCAUCAUGGCUUAUGACCGCUACGCUGCCAUCUGUCAGCCUUUGCGCUACUCACACCUCAUGAGUCCACGUGUUUGCAUGCAAGCAGCUGUGAUCAUCUGGAUCUGGGGCUUCCUGGAUGCAGCAGUUCACACAGCCUUGGCUUCCAACUUCCAUUUCUGUGGACAUAAUCAGAUCUACCACAUCUUCUGUGAUCUACCCCCACUGUUGAAAAUCGCCUGUGGUGACAAAUUUGUCAGUGAGAUAACAAUCCACCUAGCCACUGUGUUUGUGGGAUUGGGUCCCUUCCUUUUUGUGGUCAUCUCCUACUUCUACAUCCUUGCAUCCAUCCUGCGUAUCCGUUCCAACACAGGGAGGCACAAAGCUUUUUCUACUUGUAUUUCUCACGUGAUGGUGGUCAUUCUUUAUUUUGGAAAUGGUGCCAUUAACUACAACCAGCCCAGUGCUGGCUACUCCCUGGAGACCGACACCCUAAUUUCCACCAUGUAUUGCAUUGUCACCCCCAUGGUGAACCCCCUGAUCUACAGCCUACGCAACAAGGAGGUGAAGGGGGCCCUGAGGAAGAUCCUGGAAAGACACAGGAGAAUGAGACAAAGAAGAAGCCCAAAUGAAGCCCAAAUGAAGCCAAUGCAUGUUUCCUCCCUUCAAAAAAAGUGGACCGAGAGCAAUGCAGAGGUGAGCUUCAUCACCACAUCUGGAGCAAGACACCAGCAGCCCACCCACCCCCAGAAAGAGCUUCUCCUUCAUCUCCUGGAUGAAGAUGGUGCUUUCAGGAAGAGAAAACCUCCGCUGAAGGCAUCAAAUGAACAUGUUGAGAAGAAGUCCCCGAGAUGA